AGUUGCCAGUGUCUGAUCGUGGCAAUGGUGAAAACGAAACCCCUCCACCUCUCCCACCACAUCCCAGUGAGGAUCUGCUGAAUGCGGACUAUAAUAAUAGCCCUAUCAUAAAUUCAGCAGUGCAUUUAACAGAUCAGCACAUCAACUUCAGAUCCUUGACACCAGCCAAGCAGUCUGAAUCAAUUAAUCUGAAAGCCUCAAAAAGCAUGGAUCUGGUGGCAGAUGAAAGCAAAGUUGGUUUGUUGGCCGGACACAAAUCGGACUCUUCUGGCAAGGAUUUCGGUCCUACUCUGGGAUUGAAGAAGUCUAGCUCUCUUGAGAGUCUUCAGACUGCUGUGGCUGAAGUUAGGAAGAACGAACUCCCUUUUCACAGGCCGAGGCCUCACGUGGUCCGUGGUCGGGGAUGUAAUGAGAGUUUCAGAGCUGCCAUCGACAAGUCUUAUGAUGGACCUGAAGACGGAGAAGAGGAUGGUUUCUCUGAUAAGAGCUCUCACUCUGGUCAAGAAGCUCAGAACAUGGAAUCUACCCCUCCAGGGAACCCUGAAAUAGAAGAUGCAGAAACCAAAACAAAAAAAGACAAAAAAAAUAGAGAGAAAGAGAAGAAAAAGGAAAAGGGCAAAUCUAAAAUCAAAGAGAAGAAAAGGAAGGAAGAAAAUGAAGAUCCAGGAAAGAAAAAGAAGAAAGGCUUUGGUGUCAUGUUGAGGUUUGGAAAGAAAAAAGAAGAUAAAAAUGGGAAAACAGAUCAGAAGGUGAAUCCAAAGCAAGGCAUGCUUAAAGAGGAGGAGCUGGAGAAAAUGAAAGAUGAACGUGAAAGGAUUGGUGCAAAGCAUCAGGAGUUACGGCAAAAGCAACUGAGAGGCCUGAGUGAUUAUUCCACUGGUCCUGGAGGACCUGACAUCGAUGAUGAUGAGGUGGAUCCAAAUUAUGCCAGAGUAAACCACUUCCGAGAGGCUUACCCAGCAGCAAGCAUCUACAGGCCAUCAUCGCCAGCAGUAGCAGAAACCUUUGUAUAUCCACGUGAUUCUCCUUCAACACCAAUGGAGAGGGAGCACUUGGAAGGACUGUAUGCAAAAAUAAACAAGCAGCACUACCCACAGACUCCUGGUGACAGUGGCUGCGCAGGUGGCGGGAAUGCUGAUCGUAUCCAGAAGUUACGGAAGGAGUACCAUCAGGCCAGGCGAGAAGGCUUACCUUUCUAUGAGGAUGAUGAAGGAAGAACACAGCCGUCUGACUACGACCAGCGUUGGGUGCCUGGAAAAGGUCCAGAUGGGAGCUCAUACAGUCUCCACUACGAGGGGAUGGAAAGGCAGUAUGCAUCCCUACCCAGGCGUGGACCUGCAGAGCCAUUGGAAUAUUUAACAGGGCCACGAGUAAUAUACAAAGAGAGAGAUCUUCCCUACUACCAAGGAGGACAGCCUGUUGUCCACCCGUCUAAGGGGAACUACAUCCGUGCUCCGGACACAAGAGUAGCAGAAUUGAGGUACCCCCAGUACUACCCAGCCCAGCCCGUUACAAACCAGCACAAAGGACCCCUCCGGCAGGACGUCCCACCUUCCCCUCCUCAGUCUCACCGAGCACCAGCUUAUAAUGAAAUUGUCCGACACCGUGGGACCAGUCCAGACCAGUACCAGUACAGGCAACAGGAUCCCAGGCAGAAGAACCCCAUGACUGCAGCUGUAUAG